AUGUCCGAACACUGUCGUAUUGCCGUUGUGACUGGUGCAGGACAGGGAAUCGGGAGGGCGAUUGCAUUACGACUUGCAGAAGAUGGGUUCGACGUCGCCGUGAACGAUCUUCCAAGUAAUUCGAAUGCUCUCGAGUCGCUUGUAGGAGAGCUGCAGUCGAAGGGGCGACGAUCCAUCCCGAUCCUUGCAGAUAUCACUGAGGAAGCCAGUGUCAAGGAAAUGAUAGUCAAGGUAGUACAAGAUCUAGGAGGAUUGGAUAUUAUGGUAGCAAACGCUGGCAUUAUUGGAGUACAGGCGCCACUCACGGAACUACCGGUGAAGGAGUGGGAUCGUAUGAUAUCGGUCAAUCUGCGUGGUGUCAUGUUGUGUUAUAAGCAUGCCGCGGAGCAAAUGAUCAGACAAGGACGCGGCGGGAGAAUCAUUGGCGCUUCCUCCGUGGCGGGGAAAAAGGGACAUCCUUCUACAUCUGCAUACUGCGCGACGAAAUUUGCAGUAAGAGGGCUAACGCAAUCAUUGGCACUGGAGCUCACGGAGCACAAGAUCACAGUAAACGCGUAUGCUCCUGGAGUCAUUCAUACCCCCAUGACACGUAGAUUCCUAGGCGAUGAGUGGUUUGAAAGUGCUGGGGAAAGAAGGAAGGCAGACUCAUCGCGGGUUUUUGCAGAACCGGAUGUCGUAGCAAGUAUCGUAUCUUACUUAGUCAAGCCGGAGGCGUAUUUCAUUACAGGACAGACGAUCAACGUGAAUGGAGGUUCAGUGAUGGACUGA